AUGGACAGUCGGGUACUCGAGCAUCCUCACGCCCAGUUCGGAGGCUCCCUGGCCGGGCUGGUGGGCUUCCCGUACCCGCUCGGUGCCCACCACCACCACCACCACCACCCGCACCACCCGCACCACCACCACCACCACCCGCACCAGCACGUCUUCGAGCAGCUGGCCGGCGGGCACCAGCUGCAGUCCGCGGCCGCCGGGCCCUUCUCCAUAGACGGAUUACUUAACGGCUCCUGCUCGGCCUCGGUGCUCGGCUCCAGCCCGCUGCUGUCGCCCGACGGCCCGCAGUACAAACUCUCAGAUUCUGGGGACCCGGAUAAGGACAGUCCCGGGUGCAAGCGGAGACGGACCCGGACGAACUUCACCGGCUGGCAGCUGGAGGAGCUGGAGAAGGCCUUCAACGAGUCCCACUACCCGGACGUGUUCAUGCGGGAGGCGCUGGCGCUGCGGCUCGACCUGGUGGAGUCCAGGGUUCAGGUCUGGUUCCAGAACCGCCGAGCCAAAUGGAGAAAGAAGGAGAACACAAAGAAGGGUCCGGGACGGCCGGCUCACAACUCCCACCCGACCACGUGCAGCGGCGAGCCCAUGGACCCCGAGGAGAUCGCACGCCGGGACCUGGAGCGCGCCGAGAAGAAGAAGCGGAAACAGGAGAGGAAGCUUCUCAAGUCCCAGAACAAACUCCUCUCGGGCGACAGCUUCCACACGCCGGGGGGCUCGGAGAGCGACAGCGGGGUCUCCCAGUUCACGGACAGCGAGCAGCAGCCGACGAGCAUCAACGGGACUAUUCACCUCGACCUGCCGGCGCCGAGAGGUGCGGGAGGACACCAAACUGAAUCCAGCUGCGACCAAACCAGACACGACUUCAGCCCACUGCAGAGCCACCAAAACCAAAGAAGCGCAGGAGAAGCGGAGCAGGUUUCUCCGUGCAGCACGCACAGCUCCAGCCCCGGGGGUCCCAGGUCCUCCGCCCUGCAGAAGAGGAACCCCUUCAGCGUGGAGAGCCUCCUCUCCGACGCCACGCCGCGACGGAAACCCCAGCUGGACUUCCCCUCCCUGCCCAGUCAGAGGACACUGGUGGGGAAAGGUCACUUCUUGCUUUACCCCAUUACACAUCAGCCCUUGGGCUUUCUGGUGCCCCAAACGGCCCUGAAGGCCACGGCGUGUCAGGACGGCGUGAACCGGUUCAGCCUGGGACAGAGGUGUGCGCCGGGCGAGGGGAGUCCCGCCCCCUCCGACCUCUCCGGCUUUGUCUCCAAGCCUCUGAACUCGGAUCAUACGCAGCAUCGCCACAAUCACAUUAGCAAUAGAGCGGAGGGAGCAGACGCGGAGGAGGAGGAGGAGGAGUGUGGCGGAGACGGGAGAUCCCCGGCUUCUCCUCCAGCAGCUCUGGCCCGGCUGAGCCCGGCGCCGUCCAGCGACAGUGGCGAGGAGGUGACCCCGAAAGGUCAAACGGAGGCGGCGCCGCGUGCGAGAGAGGAAGGAGGCGCGAGGAGCGAGGAGGAGCGGGCGUCUCCGGACCUCUCCGAGCGUCUCGAGGCAAACACAGACUGUCAGGAAACACCCGGAACAGAUGGAGAAGAUGUCGAUAUGGACUAA